GACCAUGGAUGUGGCUGUGCUAGUGGGAGACCUGAAGCUGGUCAUCAAUGAGCCCAGCCGCCUGCCACUAUUUGACGCCAUUCGGCCCCUGAUCCCACUGAAGCACCAGGUGGAAUACGACCAGCUGACCCCCCGACGCUCGAGGAAGCUGAAGGAGGUGCGUCUGGACCGUCUGCACCCCGAAGGGCUCGGCCUCAGCGUGCGUGGGGGCCUCGAGUUCGGCUGUGGGCUCUUCAUCUCCCACCUCAUCAAAGGCGGUCAGGCAGACAGCGUCGGGCUGCAGGUAGGGGAUGAGAUUGUCCGGAUCAAUGGAUAUUCCAUCUCCUCCUGCACCCACGAGGAGGUCAUCAACCUCAUCCGAACCAAGAAGACUGUGUCCAUCAAAGUGAGACACAUUGGCCUGAUCCCUGUGAAGAGCUCUCCCGACGAGCCCCUCAAAUGGCAGUAUGUGGAGCAGUUUGUGUCAGAAUCUGGGGGCGGGCGGAGCAGCCUAGGCUCCCUCGGGAGUCGGGAAAACAGGGAGAAGAAGGUCUUCAUCAGCCUGGUGGGUUCCCGGGGCCUUGGCUGCAGCAUUUCCAGUGGCCCCAUCCAGAAACCCGGCAUCUUCAUCAGCCAUGUGAAGUCUGGCUCCCUGUCUGCUGAGGUGGGGUUGGAGACAGGAGACCAGAUUGUUGAAGUCAAUGGCAUCGACUUCUCCAACCUGGACCACAAGGAGGCCGUGAACGUGCUGAAGAGUAGCCGCAGCCUGACCAUCUCCAUUGUAGCUGGAGCUGGCCGAGAGCUGUUCAUGACAGACCGGGAGCGGCUGGCCGAGGUGCGGCAGCGUGAGCUGCAGCGACAGGAGCUUCUGAUGCAGAAGCGCCUGGCCAUGGAGUCCAACAAGAUCCUCCAGGAGCAGCAGGAGAUGGAGCGGCAAAGGAGAAAGGAAAUUGCCCAGAAGGCUGCAGAGGAAAACGAGAGAUAUCGGAAGGAGAUGGAACAGAUCGUGGAAGAGGAAGAGAAGUUUAAGAAGCAGUGGGAAGAAGACUGGGGCUCAAAGGAACAGCUGCUCUUGCCUAAAACCAUCACAGCUGAGGUGCACCCUGUACCACUUCGCAAGCCAAAGUAUAAACAGGGAGUGGAGCCUGAGCCUGAGCUCGAACCCACAGAUGACCUGGAUGGAGGCAUGGAGGAGCAGGGAAAGCAGGAUUUCCGAAAGUAUGAGGAAGGCUUUGACCCCUACUCCGUGUUCACCCCAGAGCAGAUCGCAGGGAAGGAUGUCCGGCUCCUGCGCAUUAAGAAGGAAGGAUCCUUAGACCUGGCCCUGGAAGGCGGUGUGGACUCCCCGAUUGGGAAGGUGGUCGUCUCGGCUGUUUACGAAGGGGGGGCUGCUGAACGGCACGGUGGCAUUGUGAAAGGGGACGAGAUCAUGGCGAUCAAUGGCAAGAUCGUGACAGACUACACCCUGGCCGAGGCUGAGGCCACCCUGCAGAAGGCCUGGAAUCAGGGUGGGGACUGGAUUGACCUUGUUGUUGCUGUCUGCCCCCCCAAGGAGUACGACGAUGAACUGACGUUCUUCUGAAGUCCAGAAGGAGAAACCGAAUUCACCCCUAGAAGACGAUGAGCUCUGGACCCACCUCCCAAACACAAAAGCCAAUGACCGUCCUUGAAAGAGCCCAGCCUGCAGGCACCAGAAGGCAUCCCUGUAAACCCAGCACCCAGGAAUUUCAAACUGAACUAGGCCCUGAACUAGGGCUGGAUAAGGAACACUGAGGGCCUCUCUUCUCAGGGCCACCAUGGGGGAGGGAGCAACCAGUAGCUCCGGAGAGGGCCUUAGGGAUCUGGUCCUGUGAAUUUGGUCUCUCCCAGUCCUGGGGGACUCCUGCCUUAAGCCCUAAUAGGACCCAAUUCCUGAGUCUCUCUCCAUCCCUCUCCUCCCGCUCCUGCUGUAAUUGCUGCCAGGAUCACUGCUGCAAGCCUUACUCGAUUUCAUUAAUAAAAUAAGAGAUUUCUUUUCCAGUUUA